AUGCCGGAAAAGUUUCCUCCAAUCAUUCGGUUGAACGUUGGCGGGAUGCUGUACAUGACCCGUCUCUCAACGGUGUGCAAGUACCCAGACUCCAUGCUGGCAGCCAUGUUUAGUGGUCGUCACCAUGUCGACAAGGACCAAGAUGACAACUACUUCCUCGACAGUAAUGGCUCUCUUUUCGGAUACAUUUUGGAUUUCCUCCGGUUUGGACAGUUGCCACCCAACACUCAUGCCCUGCCAGUGUAUCGUGAGGCGAGUUACUUUGGUUUACACGCUUUGGUAGAACGUUUGCAGCUCAAUCCGGAAAUAGCCAAAAUGACAGUCAAGGAAGCUCAUCGUGCACAGUUUCCCAAUUAUUCUGAAGUUAAAGAAAAUGUCAUUAAAAUGGCCAUCGACAACGCCACUAUAAAUAAAAUUGGAGAGGUGAUAAUUUAUGUGUUUCGAACGGAGUUCGUUGCUAAGGCACCCAGCUUUAAUCCCAAUCAUGGGUGUGUCACUGAGCUGGCGCAUGUUUCCAUUGGUCCGUGGACUUCAAUGGCAGAUGAAGAAACUUUUAUGCGUUGCCUGGAAACAGAUUUGCUCGAGGAAGGGUUCACGAUUCGCCCUCAUGAUACGAAGAGAAAAUGUAAAUAUUAUUUUGGACAGACAUGUCAGAAAUUUGUGUACAGACUUCAGUUUAUAUUUGACUGACAAAUAUACGACCCUAGCGAUUUCUUCAUCACAGACCUCUCAUUAUGAUAGUUUUGUUGAAAAAAGGAAAGCUGUAUUCCACGGUAUUUAAUUGUUUACCUAUAUUUAUUGUCGCAUGAUGUGUUGUUUUAUGUGCGUUUAUCUCAGUAUGGCAUGUCAUGGUGAAUUUUUGGGGUCCCAAGAGGUAAAAUUGUCACAGUCAAAAUCAUGAUAUCUUUAAACCAUUAGGGCAACUACACUGGUGGAUGAGUUAUGGCAGGUUUGACUUCUUUGCUGUGCCCUUCUACUCCUAAAGCAACUUGCAUAAAUCUCUACCAUUUACUUGCACUCAGCUACCAUAAUUAUCAAUAGUGAAGACCGAAUGCUGCACUAGUACAUGUAGUUACAUGUAAAUGAAAACAGGAUGGUACAUCACUUCUUCUGUGUGAGGCUUCCACAAGUUUUCAGUCUUACAUGCA